AUGAGCUCGAAAAUUUGGAUAUGGAGAAACAUACCGGGCGUUCCAGGUCGAUGCAACGAUGUGAUUUACACGCGGUCGAAAUUGCAGCCGAUUUCGCGCGAUCUUCUUAUAUUCUUUGGCGGUGAUGUCCAAGACAUUCAAGAAAACAUGGAAAAGCAUUCAGAUGGCAAGAAAUAUGUGAAAUGGAGUUUAGAGAACACAGCAACUAUACUUUCUGAACAGUUUCCUAGAAGUCACAUAUUUGUUGUUCGUCCAUCCAGAAUGACAAUAACAAGAAACGCAGUAUUCAGUUGUUUCGAUAAUUUCAUACCGGGAGAUAAAUACGGCACACCUACAUUUUGCCCAAUGCACAAAGCUAUACAACAUUUAAGGGAUCUCCUUCUUUGUUGCCUGGAACACGUUAAAACAUUAAAAAUGGGAGAGGAUAGCCAUAAUAUCGAAACUACAAAUUUAAGUCUAAUGGGCUUCAGUAAGGGAUGUGCGGUUUUGAAUCAGUUUCUUUACGAGUUUCAUUAUUAUGAUGAUAACUCGAGUGACGAUCCUAAUAUAAAUAACUUUAUCAAACUCAUUAAAGAUAUGUGGUGGCUAGAUGGCGGACACAAUGGUCCCAGAAAUACAUGGAUUACUGAUCAAAAUAUACUUCGUUCCUUUGUUAAAUUAAGAAUAAACGCUCAUAUACAUGUUACGCCGUAUCAAAUGCGAGACAAAGACCGGCCAUGGAUUCGGAUGGAAGAAAACAUGUUCAAUGAUACCUUACAAAAGAUGGGAGUAUCUGUACAACGAAUUUUACACUUUAGUGACAAAGCGCGAAAUCUCUCGUCGCAUUUCAAUGUUCUUACAGAUAUCAAAAGUAAUGUACAGUAAAACCAUCGUACUCAGUUUCCUGAAAAUUCGCUGCAUAAUUGAGCAUUUGUGUAUGAAUCGUAAAAUUAAUAGGUCGCAAUAGAUUGCAACUUCUUCACUUCAGAAUCAAAGUAAAGUCGUAUGAAAAUAAUCUUGUUGACGAUAUAAUUGAUAUUUCGGUGUUGCAAACUAUUUCAUAAUUUAUACUUUUCAUGUAUAUUGAUUAUAAGAAGAGUUUAAUAGAAUUUAUUUUACGGAAUAUUUUCAUAAUGUACAUAUUGAUUACUGCUUACUCUAAAUACUCUUAUUCUAGUCAUAAAUAAUAAAAAUUUGUUAAAUGUAAAUCAUAUAUAAUAUUUAUAUACAAUAUUAUUACAUUGUACAAUUUUUUAAUGAAAUUAUUUUCCUAUGUGAUAUGUAUAAUAUCUUUAUGAACAAUUACUAAUGUAUUUAACACUAAA